AUGAAGUCGACCUUCGGAUUGCUCGCUCUGGCAGCAGCAGCUAAACUCGUCAACGCCCACGCCACCGUCUACGCCGUCUGGAUCAACGACGUGGAUCAGGGGCUGGGAAACUCCGCUGACGGAUACAUUCGCUCCCCCCCCAACAACAGCCCUAUCACCGAUGUCACCUCCACCGACAUGACCUGCAACGUCAACGGCAAGAACGCUGUCGCCAAGACCCUCUCCGUCAAGGCGGGUGACAAGGUCACCUUCGAGUGGCACCACAACUCCCGCGAUGCCUCCGACGACAUCAUCGCUUCCUCCCACCUGGGUCCCGUCAUGGUCUACAUGGCCCCCACCGAGAAGGGCACUGCUGGCAACGGCUGGGUCAAGAUCGCUGAGGACGGCUACUCGAACGGCAAAUGGGCCGUUGAUACUCUGAUUGCCAACAAGGGCAAGCACUCGAUCACCGUGCCCGACGUCCCCGCCGGCAACUACCUGUUCCGUCCUGAGAUCAUCGCCCUGCACGAGGGUAACCGCGAGGGUGGCGCCCAGCUCUACAUGGAGUGUGUCCAGGUCAAGGUCACCUCGGACGGCACCAAGACCCUUCCCGAGGGUGUCUCCAUCCCCGGUGUCUACACAGCCACCGACCCCGGCAUUCUCUUCAACAUCUACACCUCCUUCACCAGCUACCCCAUCCCCGGCCCUGCUGUCUGGGACGGCUCUUCCUCUGGCUCUUCCUCUGGCUCUUCCACCGCUCCCGCCACCACUGCUGCCCCCGCUACCUCCGUGAGCACCCAGCAGGCCGCCGUCGAGACCUCCUCCACCAGCACCUACGUCGCUCCCACCACCUUCGCCACUGCCACCAAACCCACCACCACUGCCGCUGCUCCCGCCGCUUCCGCUUCCAACUCCAGCUCCUCUGGCUCCGGAAGCACCAGCGGCUCCAUCAAGAUCUGGCAGCAGUGCGGUGGUCUGAACUACUCCGGCGCCACGGCCUGCGAGUCUGGUCUCGUCUGCAAGCAGUGGAACCCUUACUACCACCAGUGCAUUAAGGCUUAA